CAAGCAGCCACCCGGAGAACACUGCUCUCUCCUCAGAGCACCUGAGGACCUUACCCUGAAGCUCAGCCAGACACCAUGUCUUCUCACUGCCUCCUGCUGCUCCUCACUGCUGUAUGUGUCUCCAUGCACGAGGGUGUGGGGACCCCGCUGAGGGAACACCAAAGUUCGAGCGAGGCGGUCGGAUCUCACAGAGUCAGGACCAGGCGCUGUGCCUGCAACAACCAGCUGGACUCCGAGUGCCACUACUUCUGUCACCUGGACAUCAUCUGGGUCAACACUCCAAGUAAGACCACGGUUUACGGCCUGGGCAGCCCGUUGGCACGACGACGCCGCUCUGCAGGCCGCUGUGCGUGUGCCAACCCCGCCGACAACAGCUGCGCCGGCUUCUGCCUCCGCAGCCCCGAGGUUCCCGUGUCCCUCAGCCCCUCCGAGAGAGCUGGCGGCUCCCUGCUGGAGAUCCUCAGGACGGUGUCCAGAGUCUCCCAGCGGCUCCGUCGCCUGACCCCGCGCCGGCGCGAGGUCGCCUCCGGGGCCGACCGGCGCAACGAGCGCUAACCGGGUGGUGCCGGGUCCCGGGUGGAAGUGGAUGAUGGAGGAGAGCGAGCGUCAGAACAAAUACUUCUCUUCUACCAGAGAGGAGAGCUACUAGAGCGACGGGCCACAGACAGGCAGGACAGACGGGCCACAGACAGGCAGGACAGACGGGCCACAGACAGGCAGGACAGACGUGCCACAGCCCCGAGGAUCUGUCUGUUAGCACUCAGAUAGAGAGCAGAAAACGUGAGCGACGCCUGCAGAGAAAUCCCGAUCGGAAACUAGACUUUCAGCGACAGAGCUGGCGUGCGGUCUAGGGGAGAGGUAACAGGAGAGACAACCAUGGUCCUGGCAGAGACAGGUCAGAUGGCCACGGGGGAGGGGGGGAGGGGAGGAGGGGAGGAGGAGAGGAGCUGUUCAUAUGCUGGUUGUGUGAGUUGACUAUCAGAAGAGUUUGAACGUCGCUUCGUCGAGGAGAGGUGGAGGUGGAGCAGGAGGGAUGACAGGCUUGGUAUAGGCAGAAGGUUGUCCAAGAUAACCAUCGUGUUUUUAUCCCAUUCGUUUUCCAAACGUAGUUAGUUAACCUCUCAUUUAUUCAAUCCAGUAGUUUUUAUGGUGAUGGAGAUUCAGUGUAUGUGUAGAAAAGAAGAAAUGGUGAUACAGAAUAUAUAUUUUACGGCUAACUUUAUUACAUGAUAUAUAACUAUUUAUUCAAUGCUUUGAUGUAUUUUCAUUUAGGCCACCUGUGCAAUGAGUGUGUAUUCAAUCAACGCGUACAAUAAAUGUUAAUGAAAAGUU